GUCAUUAGUAUUAAAUCGGUCGAGGAACGUCCAGCACGUCGCGCGGUAUCCGAAAAUACAAAAUAUUUCGUAAACCUAAGAAUCAGAGAUACAUAUAGAAAAUGGCUGAGCAGAAGAAGGCCCCGCUCUUGAAAAAGGAGGAGGACUACGUUAAGGCCCUCGAAGGCUUCAUUAGCCCCGAAACCGAUCAGGUGGUCCUGCUGCUGGACUACGAUGGCACUCUGGCCCCCCUCACCGAGGAGCUCUCCGUGAUGCCCAAGGAUACGGAGAUCAACAUCAAGAAACUGGCCGCCAACGAGAAGAUCUUCAUGUGCGUCUUCUCCGGUCGCGAACUGAGCGAGAUCAAGAACCACCUCAAGUUCCCCAAUGUGACCUAUGCCGGCAACCACGGUCUGGAGGUCGAGUAUCCUUCCGGCAAGAAGUUCAAGAUCGAAAUGCCCGAGGAACUGCUCGAGAAGCACAACAAGCUGGUGGCUGAGCUCAAGGAAAAGGUCGUGUGCUCCGGUGCCUGGGUGGAGGACAAGAAGAUCUCCGUGACCUACCACUACAAGGGCGUCACCGACAAGCUGAAGGCCAAGCUGAUCGCCGAGGCCAAGGGCCUGAUCCAGGCCCAUGGAUUCCAGCUCAUCGAGACCCCCUACGCCCUGGAGGGCAAGCCCCGCGUGAACUGGGACAAAGGUGAGGGCGCCAAGAUGAUCCUGGAGAAGCAGUUCGACGCCGACUGGGCCAAGAACCUGAAGAUCAUCUACGUGGGCGAUGACACCACCGAUGAGGAUGCCAUCAAGGUGCUGCACGGCAUCGGCAAGACCUUCCGUGUCUCCGAGCUGCCCACACUGAAGACCUAUGCCAACUACCAGAUCAAGACUGUCGAGGAAGUUGGAUACCUCCUGAAAGCCGUGCAGGCCUACUACGAGAAGAAGAAGAAGGCCUAAGCGCUUCGCCAGAGGAUAUUAAGCUUAAGCUAAAUUCCACGCACACUCACAUUAAACACAUCAUAGUUACACCUAGACGAGAAGGAUUCGUCUAGCUGAGUCACAAAAACACAAUACUCGUUGACUUGAUAAGAUAUUCCCUCUCGAAACCCCUUUGUGUCUUUGAUUUUGCCAAAUAAAACAUUUUUCAUAACUUA